UCCCAAAAUAUGUCAUUUUUUCAUCUGUUCAAAUGAUGCACACCACCUGUUUGUUGAUUUGCCUAUAGCAGAUGAUCAAACAAAAUAAAAUAAGAAAUAAGAGUACAUUCAAUUCCCCAAAGAUGGUAUUUCGGUUUUCGGUUUUGGAUUUUCUGUUCGUUGAUGCACAUCACCUGUUUGUUAAUUUGCCUCACUGAGAUAGCAGAGUGUAAGAUGAAAGUGAUCAAACAUGAAAAAUAAACAUAUAAUUUUCACUUGUCGGUUCACUGAUGUACACCAACUGUUUGUUGUUUUGUCUCACUGAGAGUUGUAUUUGCAUUGCAAUAUUGUAUAAUCAUGGAAUGUCAAACUUUGAAAAUACAUAUCAAUGUUGCGUGGCAAACUUUGCAUCUUUCGUAAUGUCAAUGGUCAAAGAUGACAAGCUACUUUCCUUUUAUACAUACUAGCUACCAAGCACAAACUGAGCUUCCAACAACAGUUGACUUUCUGAAAAGAAAGACAAAGUUUUGGGGAUAAUGUCUUAGACAUUGCAAGCUUUGUGCUUUCAAAAGUUAAAUGUUCUUUUCAAAUGGGUUAUUUACACACCUUUGUGCUAUUUCUCUCUUGGGUUUGGGUCUGUAAGCAAUUUGGGUCGGCUCGAGACAAUAUCACAGCUACUCAAUCUCUUAGAGACCCUGAAACAUUGGUCUCAAGUAAUUUAAGUUUCAGGUUUGGUUUUUUUGGUCUCAUUAACUCGACAAAUCGCUAUGUUGGAAUCUGGUAUAAUAAGGAGGUUGCUGAUCAUUUAGAAGUGGUAUGGGUAGCCAACAAGGAAAACCCACUUAAUGAUUCUUCUGGGGUGAUCAUGAUAUCUGUGGAUGGAAAUCUUCAACUCUUGGAUGGACAAAACAAGAGCAUUUGGUCUACAAAUUCAACUGCUAAGAAUGAGGUAAAGAAUAACAUUGCUCAAAUUUUAGAUACCGGGAACCUUGUUUUACAGUCAAAUGCCAGUGAGAAUGUCAUGUGGCAGAGUUUUGACCAUCCUAUAGACACAUUGAUGAAGAGUAUGGUAUUAACAUCAGAUGGGAAUAUAAGCACGAAGCCAAUGCUUACAUCGUGGAAGAGCGCUUCAAAUCCAUCAAAUGGACGCUUUACUGCUGGUUUAUAUCGCCGCAGGCUUCCUGAAUUUUUUAUCUGGGAUGGUGAUCGUCCUUAUUGGCGAUCAGGACCUUGGGAUGGUCGUUUGUUUAUGGGAGUUCAAGCUAUGUUCUAUUCAGCGCCGGUUGUUGGAUUUCGUCUUGAAACUGACAGUGAAGGCAUACUUAGGCUAUCAUACUCUUCGGCAAGCCAAAGGGUUACUGAACACUAUGUAUUGACUUAUGAUGGUAUGCUUUCACGAAGAGAUUGGGAAGAUGAUAGAGGAUUUUGGACAGUUCAAUGGCAGUCCCUGCAAUAUGAGUGUGAUGUUUAUGGAAAGUGUGGAGAAUUUGGGAGUUGUAACUCAAAUAAUUCGCCAAUUUGUAGUUGCAUGAGGGGGUUUGAACCAAGGAAUCACCAAGAGUGGAGUGCGGGGAAUUGGAGCAAUGGGUGUGUUCGGAGAACACCUUUGCAGUGUAAGAUUAAAGGAGGGGAAGCAAAUGGAUUUUAUAAAUUAAGAAAUGUGAAAGUGCCAGAUAAUGCUGCGCGACUUGAUUCUGAUGAUGAAGAUGAUUGCAGGAGACAAUGCCUAGGAAAUUGUUCUUGUUCAGCAUUUGCUUACAAUUUAGGUUUUGGGUGUAUGAUCUGGAGUGGAAGCUUGAUUGAUAUAACAGACUUCUCUCCUGUUGGUGUUGAUGUUUUCAUUAGGCUGGCUCAUUCAGAACUAGAUAAAACUAGUAAAUGGAAAGUAAUUAUAGCUGUCAUAGUGAUUAUGGGUACAACCGUGUCAUUUAUUUUUCUGUUCUGUCUUUGGAAGUUGUUGCAUCGGCGAAAUGGUAAGACAGAUGGGAACAAGGAUAGAAAUUGGCAAAAAAUAGGUAAUGCUGAAUUUCAAGAUUUACCAUUGUUGAAGUUUGAAAAUUUGGUUAUUGCAACGGACAACUUUUCGGAAAGCAACAAGCUUGGACAAGGGGGAUUUGGUCCAGUAUACAAGGGAAAAUUUGAAGAUGGACAAGUGGUAGCGGUAAAAAGACUCUCAAGAGCAUCAGGACAGGGCCUACAAGAAUUCAUGAAUGAAGUGGUUGUCAUCUCGAAACUUCAACAUAGAAAUCUUGUGAGACUGUUGGGCUGCUGUGUUGAAGGAGAAGAGAAAUUGUUGGUGUAUGAAUACAUGCCAAAUAAGAGCUUGGAUGCACUCCUUUUUGAUCCCUCUGAUCGGGAGCAAUUGGACUGGAAGCAUCGCUUCAACAUAAUCAAAGCAAUUAGUAGAGGUCUCCUAUACCUUCACAGAGAUUCUAGAUUGAGGAUUAUCCACAGAGAUCUUAAAGCAAGCAACAUUUUGUUGGAUGAUGAUCUCAAUCCUAAGAUAUCAGACUUUGGCAUGGCAAGGAUAUUUGGAGGAAACCAAGACCAAGGUGAUACCAAAAGGAUUGUUGGCACCUAUGGUUAUAUGUCUCCAGAGUAUGCAAUGGAAGGUCGAUUUUCAGAAAAGUCAGAUGUGUUUAGCUUUGGGGUGCUGCUACUAGAGAUCGUAAGUGGAAGAAGAAACAGUAGCUUCAAGGAUGAGGAGUCUUUAGGCCUGAUAGGACAUGCAUGGAAUUUGUGGAAUGAGGACGACAUUUUCUCAUUGAUUGAUCCAGCAAUUUCAGAAUCAACCUUGCAAGCAGAGAUUCUGAGGUGCAUACAUGUAGGACUGCUGUCUGUGCAAGAAUUUCCUGAGGAUAGACCAAGCAUCACCACGGUUGUUUCCAUGUUAGAGAGUGAAGUUACAGGUCUUCCUCAUCCAUUUCAACCUGGAUUUACACUAAGGAGAACUGCUUCUUGGAAUGGAACACAGCAAAAUGACCGUGAUUGUUAUUCAAAUAAUAAUGUUUCAAUUAGUUCUUUAGUUGGUCGGUUCACUCCCUUCUAUUUUUUUCUCCUUACUACUGAAUAUAUGGCUUAUUAUGUCUACUUUGUUAUUCUGUUGCUCUCUUGGGUUUUGUUCUCUGAGUUUGGUUGCGCUCGAAACAAUAUUACAACCACUCAGUCUCUGAGAGACCCUGAUACAAUAGAGUCUAGUGAUGGCAGUUUCAAGUUUGGUUUCUUCAGUUUUAUUAACUCAACGGAUCGCUACGUUGGAAUCUGGUAUAACAAGAAUGUCCGUGAUACAUUAGAAGUGAUGUGGAUAGCCAACAGGGAAAACCCACUUAAUGAUUCUUCAGGAGUGAUCAUAAUAUCUGGGGAUGGAAAUCUUCAGGUCUUGGAUGGACAAAACAAGAGCAUCUGGUCAUCAAAUAUAACAGCAGUUGUUCCUAAAAAUGAAGUUAAUAAUAGUUCAUGUGUUGCUCAGCUUCAAGAUGUUGGGAACCUUGUUUUACUUACAGAUGCUAAUGGGGAUAAUGUGGUAUGGCAGAGUUUUGACCAGCUUACAAACUCAUUGUUACAUCAUAUGAAAUUAAGGUUUGAAGAUAAUCAUACAACUACAACGCCUGUGAUUGCGUCAUGGAACAGUGGUUCAGAUCCAUCUAUUGGCCGUUUUACUGCUGGUUUUAAUCACCGCAGUCUCCCUGAAAUUUUUGUCUGGGAUGGUGAUAUUCCAUAUUGGCGAUCAGGGCCAUGGUAUGGUGAUAUGUUUCUGGGAGUACGAGCUAUGUACAAAUAUGCAGCAGAUGAUGGAUUUCAUAUUGAAAAUGAAAAUGAUGGCACACUUAACCUAUCCUUUUCUUCAACAACUAGAACAGUUACGGAGCACUAUGUAUUGAAUUAUGACGGGCUAUUGUUAAAGAGAUAUUAUAUGGAAGCUGAUGGGGGGGAUUGGCUAAGUUUAUGGAGGUCUCUAGAAUCUGACUGUGAUAUUUAUGGAAAGUGUGGAGAGUAUGGGAGUUGUAACAGAACUCUUUUGUCUAUUUGUAGUUGUUUGCACGGCUUUGAACCAAGGAUUAGCCAAGAAUGGAAUGCAGGGAAUUGGAGUAGGGGGUGUAUACAAAAAAAAUCUUUGCAGUGUGGGACUGUUGGAGGGGAAGAAGAUGGGUUUUUUAAGUACACUAAUAUGAAAGUGCCUGAUAAUGCCGCGUGGUUGUACUCAGAUGAUGAUGGUGAUUGCAGGAAACAGUGCCUUGGAAAUUGUACAUGUUUAGCUUAUGCUUAUUAUCCUGGUUUAGGGUGUAUGGUCUGGAAUAAAACUUUGAUUGACAUACAGGAAUUCCCAUCUGUUGGUGUGGAUCUUUUCAUACGGUUGGCUCAUUCAGAGAUAGCCGAAACUAGUGAGCAGCAACAAGGUAAAGCUAGAAAAACAAAAAUAACUCAUGCAGUGAUGGUUACGAUUGGAAUGGCUACAAUUGUUGUUAUCGUAUACUGUGUAUGGAGGUGGAUGUGUCAAAGAAAUGGAGUAACGACUCUUAUUAGAACUACGGUAAGGAAGACUUUAUUUCAAAACUCCAUGCGUAAAGACGGAACUACUGAAGUUGAAGUUGGUGAUUUACCAGUGUUUGGAUUGGAAAAGUUGGCAAUAGCGACAGACCACUUUCAGGAAUUUAACAAGCUUGGGCGAGGUGGUUUUGGCGCUGUGUACAAGGGAAAAUUAGAUGAUGGACAGGAGAUAGCAGUUAAAAGACUUUCAAAAGCAUCUGGGCAAGGACUUAAAGAGUUCAUGACUGAAGUGUUGGUUGUCUCAAAACUUCAACACAGAAAUCUUGUCAAGCUGCUUGGCUGCUGUAUAGAAGGAGAAGAAAAAAUGCUGGUGUAUGAAUACAUGCCAAAUAAGAGCCUGGAUGCACUUCUCUUUGACCAAACAUAUCAGAAGAUUCUGGACUGGAAAACGCGAUUCAACGUUAUCCUAGGCAUAUGCCGAGGACUUCUUUACCUUCAUCGAGAUUCUAGAUUAAGGAUUAUUCACAGGGAUCUUAAAGCAAGCAACAUUUUGCUGGAUGGCAAUCUCAAUCCUAAGAUAUCAGACUUUGGCAUGGCAAGGAUAUUUGGAGGUAACCAAGACCAAGGUGACACCAAAAGGAUUGUUGGCACCUAUGGUUAUAUGUCUCCUGAGUAUGCUAUGGAAGGUCGUUUUUCAGAGAAGUCGGAUGUGUUUAGCCUUGGGGUACUGUUACUAGAGAUUGUAAGUGGGAGAAGGAACAAUUGCUUCAAGGAAGAGGACUCCUUGAACCUCUUAAGUCAUGCAUGGGAAUUGUGGAAUGAUGGCAAUAUUCUGUCACUGAUUGAUCCAGCAAUUUCAGAAUUAACUUUCCAUGCAGAAAUUUUGAAGUGUGUACAACUAGGACUACUAUGCGUGCAAGAGUUUCCUGAUGAUAGACCGAGUGUUUCUAUGGUUCUUUCGAUGAUUGAGAGUGAGGUUACUGAUCUACCUUGUCCAUCUCAACCUGGCUUUACACAAAGAAGAGAUGCUUCUUUUUAUAAAGCUCAACUAAAUGAUCAUGAAAAUGGUUCUGUUAACCCUGUUUCUAUUACUGCCUUAAGUGGUCGAUAACUGCUGUUUUGGGCAGCUGCGUGGUGUAUGUUGUCAUUUGUAUUCAGUGACCAUAUUUCUGACAGGAAAUAAUUCUUGUCAGAGAUCAUACGAAGUAUGAAUUUGGAGAUAUAGACAUUGCCAGCUUUCAGUUCCUCGUUGCUUCUCUUUGACUUCUUAAUUGUUAAUCAUACAUGAAACUGUUGUAAGCAUGACUUCCUUUUGUGGAUUAUGUGCCAAAUAUUCUGCACUUUACAUUA